CCUCCUGAGCAAGCAGAGAGGUGCGUUCAGUCCUCUUGGCAUCGCUGGACUUUCAUUGUGUGGCUGCUGAAGCGAAAAUCGGCUGCGCGCAGCACAAUUCGUCAGCUCUCACAGAGACCGAUCACGUUGGAGGCGUUUCUCGCACACAUGUUUUUUUCUCUAAGCUGAGAAAUCAAAAGUUUGGAACUGUUGUCUUUUUCUUUCUUUCUAAAGUAAGUACGCUUUCAUUGACUGCAUGAACUAGCUGUGGACAUUUUUGGAGCUCGUGCAAGAGAACAGGCAAUGACCGCUGAGUCGCAUUCGCAUUUGGGACUGCAGAAAACUAACAUGGAUUUUGUGAGCGACUUUGACUUGAUGAAGUUCGGCGUCAAAAAGGAGGCGAUACAGGGGAUAGAGCGCUCCUUCAUGGGGCCGUGUAGCCAGCUCCAGAGACCAGCCUCUGUCUCCUCCACUCCUGCCAGCACACCUUGCAACUCAGUGCCCUCAUCACCAAACCUAAAUCCAAACGAGCAGAGAAAUAACCCCGGGAACGACCAGUUCUGGGUACCAAACAACGGGGGUUACCCACAGCAAAUGUACCCUCAAGCUUUUGGUCUGACCCCCGAGGACGCAAUGGAGGCCUUAAUCGGCGCCACGGCGCAGCAGGGACACCCCUCUGCAACUCACAGUCACCACGGUCCGCCACCUUUUCAAGCUGAAUACGACGGCUACGGAAAUCUGGGCGAGCCUGUCCAGCACUACCCGGGACUACCAGGUCACUCCGACGUGCAAGGCAUACCUAGCAGUCACUGCCAUGACCCCUUUCUCAAAGAUGACCUGGGAAGCCCCGAAUCGCCGGAUGACCAGCAGGUCCUCGGUGCGCACCACCACCUCCCGCAGCACAGCCGCCACGACCGGCGAUCCAACGCCGAUAGCUUCUCAGACGACCAGCUGGUGUCCAUGUCCGUCAGAGAGCUCAACCGGCUGCUCAGAGGCCUCGGCAAGGACGAGGUGAUGCGUCUGAAGCAGAAGCGCCGGACCCUGAAAAACAGGGGUUACGCACAGUCCUGCCGCUACAAGCGCGUGCAGCAGAAGCAUGUCUUGGAGCACGAAAAAACCAGCCUGGUGUCACAGGUUGAACAGCUGAAACAUGAACUCGGCAGACUGAUCCGGGAGAGAGACGCAUACAAACAAAAAUGUGAGAAACUGUCCGGUGCAAACUGUUACCACGAAACUGGGUCCACCAGUGACAAUCCUUCCUCCCCUGAGUAUUUAAUGUGAGUUUUUAAUUUCCUUGCAGGACUGAUCUUUUCCACAGAGAGUUAUUGAUUGUUGACAGCUCGCCGUGCUCUGUAACAAACAGUCAGAUGGAUCCACCAAGUUUGAAGUAAUGAUGGACAAAAGGAUAUCACUCAAGUAACUGUAAUAGACUCAACUAGGCAACAAGUUAUGAAUGGAAAAUUAAAUUGAAGCAUGCAUGCAGGACAUGUAUGAGAUGUUUUUAUUACACAGGCAUAUUUGUAUUUUGUUUGAAAGGAUAUACUUGAAAUCAAAGAAUUCUCCCUUUUUAUUAAUGUACAACUUUAAUCCUUCUGCUUCAGUUACUGCGCAUCUUGUUUUUGGUGAUUUUGCUUGGCCGAGUUUUUGUAACUCAAAAUUAUAUUUUGUGUUCAUGCGUCUAAAUUGAAAACAAAAUUGAAAGAAUGAUGCUGAAAAUGACAUUUGUAUUAUUUUAUGAAGCUGAUUCUGCUGGACAGAUGUGUUCCUCCUUUACAUUUAUUUUGAAGAUAAUAUAUAAUUAUGCAAAUUGUUUUUUCUUCUAUGUUUUUCAUUUACUGUUGAUCAAUAAACCCAUUGUGACUUUUUAAAA